ACAUUAGAGCGUAUAAAUAUGCCGACAAAUUGCGACUAUUAAUCAUUCGACCCAUAGAUUCCAUCGAUAACACAAUUAGCUUUGGAAAUCUAUACUAAAAUGAAACUCUUCAUUGCGUGCAUGUUUAUUGCCGCAGCGACGGCUGCAGUGAUUCCUGUCGAACAAGCCAGGCACCGUCGCGAUGUCUCUGAGAUCGUGAAUGAGUAUAUUCCACCACUUGGGGAAGUUGCGGCCGAUGUUCCCGUCGAGGAUAUCGCCCAAGACCCCRCUGCUGUUGGAGAGGAUGGAUACCGUUACAAGACAGUUCGCCGCCUGAAGUACCGCCAACGUCGUGAUGUCAACGAAAUUGCCAAUGAGUACCUCCCUCCAUCUGAAGAGGCCGUUACUGAAAUUGCAGUCGAAGAACCCGCCCAGGAUACCGCUGUUCUUGGUGAUGAUGGUUAUCAAUACAAGACUGUCCGUCGUCUGAAGUACCGUCAACGUCGUGAUGUUUCCGAGAUCGCCAACGAAUACUUGCCUCCCGCAGAAGAAGUUGCUACCGAGCAAUACAAGACUGUCCGUCGUCUGAAGUACCGUCAACGUCGUGAUGUUUCCGAGAUCGCCAACGAAUACUUGCCUCCCGCGGAAGAAGUUGCCACUGAGGUCCCAGUUGAGGAAGUCGAGCCCGCUCAGGAUUCUGCUAUUCUCGCUGCUGAUGGAUACCAAUACAAGACUGUACGUCGCUUGAAACUGCGUCAUCGUCGUGCCUUGUAAGCGCGCCAGCUGCUACCUGCCUGUAUACGAUUAGAGCCUUUACACCGCCCACCAACUCCACCUACUAGGUCGUAAGUAAGAAUCCUAUUUUGCCAUUGUUUAACGAUUGAAAUCAACAAAAUAAAUCCAAACGAAAAUUGUUAUAAUAUA